AUGAGGGACCCGUGGGUGAACAGUGGUCAGGAGUUGCCUCUGACAACAUAUGAAGAACAAAUCCUGGACCACUUAUACCCCAAAACAACCCAGCUCUUGGUGGCCAUGGGAUUCCAGGCCGAGAUCCUAUCCAUGGCAAUCAAAGAAGAAUUGUUCAGUUUUCCCAUGGCCUCCUACAUUAUUUUGGAAGAAACAAAACGAAAGAAGCAGUUUACUAUCAGACCACAGUCCCUUCCUUUUGGGGUUCCCAACUGUUUUUCCCUAUCCAUUGAAGUUUCCACCUUUUUUCUCCCACUGAAGUGGACUCAUAGCAUUCAGCAGAGGAGCCCCUUUCUGGCCAGUGCACCUGCUGGCGUGCAGAGAAGCCAGAGAGCUUCAAUCAAGCCCCCCCAGUGUGAUCCUGUGGCGUCUCUCUCCAUCCAGCGCACCAGCAGCAGUAGUGGAGACCCAGAAAUAUCCCUGGCUCAACAAGCCCCCCAGCAUGACCCUGUGGCCUUUCCCUCCACCCAGAGCACCAGCAGCAGUGGUGCAGACCCAGAAACUACCCAGGCUCAACAAGGCCCCCAGCAUGACCCUGUGGCCUCCCCCUCCACCCAGAACACCAGCAGCAGUGGCGGAGACCCAGAAACGUCCCUGGCUCAACAAGCCUUCCAGUAUCAGCCUGUGGCCUUCUUCUCCACCCAGAGCACCAGUAGCAGUGGCGGAGACCCAGAAACGUCCCUGACACAGCAACAACCAUCCCAGGACGCCAGUGUCAUUCAAGCUGGGCAGGCUGAGGCUGUGACGUCAGCCUCGCCAACAAGAAGCUGUACAGCCAUAGCAAAUAAAUUUCACAUAGAGAGAGACCUGAACCUGGAAAUUAUUGUCCCUGAUGAGGACGGUAACAUUAAGAUCGCGGACUUCAGCUUCCGUACCACAUUCCAUGAGAAACAGAAGCUGAUAGCCCUUUGUGGCACCUACCCCUGCAUGGCCCUGGAACUCUUCCUGGGCCAGGGCUACCAGUGCCCUGCCAUGAAUGUUUGGAGCCUCGGAUGGACUCAUAGCAUUCAGCAGAAGAGCCCCUUUCUGGCCAGUGCACCUGCCGGCCUGCAGAGGAAGCCAGAGAGCUUCAAUCAAGCCGCCCAGUGUGAUCCUGUGGCCUCUCUCUCCACCCAGAGCAUCAGCAGCAGUAGUGGAGACCCAGAAAUAUCCCUGGCUCAACAAGCCCCCCAGCAUGACCCCAUGGCCUCCCCUUCCACCCAGAACACCAGCAGCAGUGGUGGAGUCCCAGAAAUGUCCCUAGCUCAACAAGCCCUUCAGCGUGACCCUGUGGCCUCCCCCUCCACCCAGAGCAACAGCAGCAGUGGUGGAGUCCCAGAAACGUCCCUGGCUCAACAAGCUCCCUAGCAUAACCCUGUGGCCUUUCCUUCCAUCCAGAGCACCAGCAGCAGUAGUGCAGACCCAGAAACAUCUCUGGCUAAACAAGCCCCCCAGCAUGACCCUGUGGCCUCCCCCUUCACCCAGAGCACCAGCAGCAGUGGUAGAGACACAGAAACUUUUCUGCCUCAACAACCAUCGCAGAAAGCCAGUGUCUUCCAAGCUGGGCAGCCGAGGCUAUGA